UUGGCGUCAAUUCAUUUGCUCCCGUCGCUCAGAUUCAACUGGAAGAGGCGACGAUAAGACUCAGAACUCAACCAUGUUGGGUAAAAGAUCGUUAUCAGUGGUUCUGCUCGCUGUGGCUGUUGGAGUUUAUCUGCUGCCGUCUCCCAUCGACCCCAAACCACACGUACUGAAGGGGCCUCCUCCGGCCCUCGAGGGGCCGCUGGCCGUCAACACCCGUCUCCAGAAGGGCCGCAGACUGUUUGCUGGGAAACUACACGGACCAGAAUCCUUCACUGCCGAUGAGGAGGGUAAUGUGUACACAGGAACAGUUGACGGGAAGUUGUGGAGGAUCGGUCCAGACGACAGCCUCACCCUCGUCACCCACAUGGGCCAGAAUUUACCAGAAUGCGGCAGCAGCACAGAUUAUGAGCCUUCGUGUGGUCGUCCUCACGGCGUUCGUCUGGAUCGUCACGGUCAGCUGAUAGUCGCCGACUCUUACUUUGGGCUUCACAGCGUCAACCCUAAAACUGGAGAAAAAACUCUGCUGCUGGCUAAUUCACAAGGUGCUGACGGCGUUCCCUUCGCCUUUUUAAACGGCCUCGACAUUUCCUCCCAGACUGGGAUCAUUUAUUUCACAGACUCUUCCAGUCGUUGGGGACGCAGACACGUCAAACUGGAGGUGAUCGAGCUGAACAGACUCGGUCGUCUUCUGUCCUACGAUCCUCAGACAGGAAGUGUGAAGGUCCUGCUGGAUUCUCUCUACAUGCCCAACGGCAUCGUCCUGUCGCCCGACGAACACUUCCUGCUACUGGCGGAGACGAGCAUCGGACGCAUACUGAGAUAUUGGCUCAAAGGCCCCAAAGCUGGUACCAAGGAGAUCAUCAUGGACAACAUGAUCGGUUACCCUGACAACAUCCGCCUUAGUGACCACGGGACAUUCCUGGUCGGCAUAACAACGCCUCGAUUUCGGAAGUUUAUGCCUCCCUUCCUGGACAUGAUCGCCCCGUACCCGGCGGUCAAACGCUUCCUGGCCAAGGUGAUUCCUCUGAGCGGCUACAACCUGCUGCUGCCGCGCUACGCUCUGGUCCUGGAGCUCGGGUUGGACUGCGAGCUCGUGGGAACGCUGCACGACCCCGAAGGCCGGCUGACGUGGGCCAUCAGCGACGUCUUCCAGCACCGAGGCAGAACCUACCUGGGCAGCACCGACCUGCCGUUCCUGCCCGUCCUCGAGGGAGGGGACAGCUGAUGACGGUGCCACGGGAAAAAAAAAAAAAGGUGGACUGCAAGCUGAGCAAACACUGAAAACUAAAUGUACAGUCGGUUUAUUUUAAUUUCUGGACUUUCUGGAUUUUUUUUUUUUUUUUUACAUUUUUAAAGUUUGUCUGGAGCGACAUGUGGAUGCUGCAUAGAUCAAACCUCCCAUCAACCACUAGGGAACCAAAAGUGGUGAAAUGAGCAGUUACGAUAACUUUAAAACAUUUUUUAGAAACGUUUUAACAGAAAAAGUCUUAAUCUGCUCAAAUGAUGAACUGGAAAUGAUGCAAAAAAAACAUUUAACGUCCCAAAAUCAUGAGUUUAAACUGUAUUUUAUCUCACAAAAUAAUAAACAGUAUGAUAGAAAUUAGGGAAGUUUAACAUUAAUACAAGAUGUUAAACACUCUCUCUACACAACUGUGGCCUUUAAUUUACACACAAAACAAAGCUGCAUUUUCUCAGCAGUGAAGUUAUUAAAUGCAGCAGAGAUUAAACAGAAACUUGAAAUGAGGAGCUGAUAAAUAUAAAUAAAUAAAUCUGUUUUCUUGGACUUAAGCUGCAUUUACGCUGCAUAUCCUGAUGACCAGGUCCGAUUUUCUGCCUGUAUCAGAUUUUUCUGACCGUCUGUUUACAUCUACUUUUACAAGUGAACAAUAUCAAAUACCUGUGUUUACACUCGCAUAUGAAAGUAACAUUAUACGUCAUUUAAAUGCGAAAAAGUAUAAGAUGGUCGCAUUUUCAAUGACGUGUGAAUCGUAAAGACGAUUACUAUCAGAUUUAUUUCCACAUAUGAUUGAGACCUGAAACGGAUCUGAGAAUAUCUGAUUCCAUGCGCUUUUUUCCUGUUUACACGUUCAUAAUAAUAAAUAUCCGAUCUGUGCUGAAUAUGAGCAAAAAAUCAGAAUUGGGUCAAAAUGUAUAUGCGGUUUAAAUGACUGCAAACAAACUGCAGAAGAGACACUGAAUCCAUCAACUUUCCUUCUAAAUUACAGUUAACACAGACACUUAAAGAUGAGUGAUUUUUCUCAACUUAUUUACCUUUUAAUAACUCAGUUUGUUAGUAGGUGACUACUGACAUCGGAGCUCUAAUUAAACUCUGAGUACAUUUAAUCCAAUUUUAAAUCAACCUCUGAAACAUGAAUUUUAGAUUAAAUUAAAACUGUGAGAAUGUAAACUGUCAAUACGACUAUUUUAGGAAGUUGUAUUUGUUAAUAAAUAUAUUUGUAUUAAAUCCACAUUUCAUUGUGAGCUUUUAUUGGACAACAAGCAUGUUGUAAAGGUUGUUUUUCUACAGGUUGUGUGUCUAAACUUUGACUCUAAAUUUGCUUUUUAGGGGAGAUAAUUAGCAGAAAACAUUAGUAUAUAUGGAGAGAUGUAAAACAAGUAAAAGUUACUGUAUGUUACAGCAAAAUAUGUCUCAUCUUGACAGCUAAUUAUGAAGCAGGAAGGUAUGAAGGCAGGUUUGGGUUUCACAGAUUAUCAAAUGUUUCAUUAAAUCUGACAAAAAAGACCUUAAAAUGUGUCAAUUUUAAGACAAUUUAAGAACUUUUAGGACAUUUUAAGGCUUUUUAAAACAGAAAUUGAAACAGGACCUGCUUGUUUAGAGUUUGUGAAAUCAAAAAGUCGUGUCAAACAUUAACUGAACAAACCGUCUCUGUUAUAUCUUGAGAAUAUUUUUUAUUUGGACAAAAACACAAGCCAAAAAUACAUCAUCAUCAUCAUCAUCAUCAUCAUCAAAACUAACUCUGAAAAUAAACUAAGGGUGCCAAAACAACAAAACAGUUCUGACAGAUUGGAAAGUGCAUCAGUGAAUUGGAACAAAGUGAUUGAUUUUUUUUUUGUUAAGAGGAAGAAAUUAAUCACAUGGUGCAUGUUGAGUCCUGUUGUCUCUGUUGUUGUUUUUGUUUUUUUGUUUUUUUCUCUUUAUGUGACCAACAGGAUUUUUUUUUUUUUUUUUUUUAAUCUCAGUGUUCUCACAUGAAACUUUUUGAAUUCAGUCCAGUCGUGACUCAGAACAAACUGACUACAGAGGAAGAAAGAGCUGUAUGAACGCACAGA